AUGCUCGCCCUCAAGGCCCGCGCGGUAUCGAUACCCCGCUCGCAUAGCAGCAGCCGCUUGGUGGUGGCUGCGCGCAUGCGCUACUACUCCGUCGUCCGCGACGCGCCCAAGAAAACCAAGGUCUGGGACUCGGUCGACGAGGCCGUCAAAGACGUCAAGACCGGGGACACCAUUCUCUCUGGAGGCUUCGGACUUUGCGGCAUCCCAGAGACCCUAAUCACCGCACUCGCGCGCCGACCGGACGUAAAAAACCUGACCGCCGUCUCGAACAACGCGGGCGCAGGCGAGCACGGGCUCGUGAAGCUCAUGAAGACGCAGCAGCUGGACACGGUCAUGAUCUCCUACCUCGGCGGGAACAAGUACCUCGAGUCGGGCUAUCUCAAUGGCGAUGUCGGCAUCGAGCUCGUCCCCCAGGGCACGCUCGUCGCCCGUCUGCAAGCGCACGCGUCGGGCGAGCCGGGUGUCUUCACGCCCACCGGCGCGAACACCGCGGUCGAGAGCGGCGGCAUUCCCAUCCGCUACAACCCUGGUGGCAUGAAAGCGGGCGUCAUGAUCCCCGGAAACCCGAAGGAGGCCCCCCGCGUCGUCGGUGAUGUUGCGUUCGUCCACGCGUGGAAGGCGGACGCGGUUGGAAACCUGGUCUUCAGGUAUACGGCGAACAACUACAACGGCGUCAUCGCGCGCAACGCCAAGCUGACGAUCGUCGAGGCCGAAGAGAUCGUCCCGGUUGGAAGCUUAUCUCCGAAUUCUAUUCACGUGCCCGGUGUCUACGUCGACAGAAUAGUGCAGGCGACAGAGCCCAAAGCUAUCGAGGUCACCAAACUCGCUCCCAGCGAGGAGACACAAGCUGCGAAUGCCAACGCUGACAAGUCGAAGGACUGGAGGCACCGGAUCGCGAGGCGCGCGGCCAAGGAGAUCGGCGACGGCUUCUACGUCAACCUGGGCGUGGGCAUCCCGACACUCAUUCCUGAGCAUCUCGACCCGUCGAUCAAGGUCUGGCUGGAGAGCGAGAACGGCAUUCUUGGCAUGGGUCCAUACCCCACACCUGACCAGGUUGACGCGGACAUCAUCAAUGCUGGCAAGGAGACCACCACCCUCCUCCCAGGCGCAUCCACGUUCGAUUCUGCGGAGUCGUUCAACAUGAUUCGCGGUGGUCAUAUGGAUAUUACUUGUCUCGGAGCCAUGCAGGUAUCACAAGCGGGUGAUAUUGCCAACUUCAUGAUCCCCGGCAAGCUCGUGAAGGGUAUCGGCGGUGCGAUGGACUUGGUAUCGAACCCGGACAAGACGAAAGUCAUGGUGACGAUGCAGCAUGUGUCGAAGGAUGGAACGCCGAAGAUUGUGCAGGAAUGCUCUCUGCCUCUGACGGGCGCGCGGUCGGUGGGCUUGAUUGUGACGGACAUGGCGGUGUUCCAGGUCGAUCGUCUCGCAGGCGAGCUCACGCUCACCGAUAUCGCGGAGGGCGUGACGAUGGACGAGCUCAAGGCGAAGACGGCGUGCGACUUCAAGGUUUCGAGCCAUGUUGCGACAUUCUAG